UGGAACUGGCAAGGGAACAAAGAGAAUGGAUGGAUGAGAACUUGCUUCCUCACACUUUUCUCUGGGGCAACAUCAGGCAAGCAGCCACACCCUGGAGCAAGAGAGUGGCCCUCAAUAGCUCUGCUGAGUGAACUUCUCCGAGUCAUCUCUCCUGGGAAAGAGAUUUCUUAAAAACCAUUUAAAGCUUUCCAAAGGGCAAAAGACAGAUGGUCCUGAGCCAACGUUACCAUAAAUGCUUCCACUCUCCCUGAUUUCAUUUCGGAAAUAAGGAAGGAAAGAGGCAGUCACCACUGCCGGCUUGCCCACACGCCUCAUCCAGCUACCCCCCCACCCCACCCCCACCCCCACCCCCGCCUCCCAUUAAGAAAAAGACGGUAAAAGCGAAGUUAAUAUUACUGUAGGGCCCUUAGAAUAGUAAACGUUGUCGAAUUAAAGAGCCAUUAUUUCAGACCGAAGUCUCCAUCCAGCACCCACGCCGGAGCAAAGGACAGUCCGGGCCAAGAUCCCUUGCCAUCCACUCCUUGGCGAAGUCCUGGAGGGGGCGAGCCUCGCGAGCGGGAGGGAGGAGUGGGGGCGAGGACUCCGUGCCAGCGCCACAUCCUCUGCCAAAGGCUUCCCAAGCUCAGCAGUGUCCCAGGACUGUGCCCACCUUCCGUUUCCCCUCCCCGAGUCCCUUCUCCCGGUUCAGGCUGGACCGCCGGACUGGCUUGGGGACCAACGAGGCGGCAGCGGCUGACGCGUGGAUCCCGGGCUUUUAUAAGUAUUUGACUUUACUCAAAAUGUGCAAAGAGGAAUAAUGGAAGCGCCUGAAUACCUUGAUUUGGAUGAGAUUGACUUCAGUGAUGAUAUAUCCUACUCAGUCACGUCGCUGAAGACCAUCCCAGAACUGUGCCGAAGAUGUGAUUCGCAGAGCGAAGACAGAUCAGUUUCUAGCUCGAGCUGGAAUUGCAACGUGUCGGCUCUCAUGACAAACACGCAAAAGCCCACAGGAAUCGCGGAUGUAUACAGUAAGUUCCGUCCUGUGAAGCGAGUUUCCCCGCUGAAACAUCAGCCAGAGACUCUGGAGAACAAUGAAAGCGAUGACCAGAAGAACCAGAAGGUGGAGUACCAGAAAGGGGGUGAUUCCGACCCAGGCCCCCAGCCCGAGGAGCUCAGCCCUGGAGAUGGAGACAGUGGUCCCCAAAGUAAGAGCACCGAGCCCAGCACCUUGCUGGGGGAGCUGGAGCAUUAUGACCUUGACAUGGAUGAGAUUCUGGAUGUGCCUUACAUUAAAUCCAGUCAACAGCUUGCCUCUUUCACCAAGGUGGCUCCAGAGAAGAGAAUUUUGGGUUUGUGCGCCACCAUCAAUGGCCUUUCUGGCAAAGCCUGCUCCCCCGGAAGUGCUGAGAGCUCACCAGCCAGCAUGACACCGUUCUGUGUUCUUUCGCCAGUGAAAAGCCCUCACUUGAGAAAAGCGUCCUCUGCCGUCCACGAGCAGCAAAAGCCCUCCGGGGAAGAGUCUGAGAGCUCACCGCCUCUGGUGAAGUGUGGCUCUGCAUACGAGCCGGAGACCCAGACUAAGGACUUCCUCAUCAAGACCUUUAAUGAUCCUCUGAGUCGAAAACGCGAGAAGGCAAUGCCAGACGGCCAGCUCAGGGCCUUCCAUCCGCAGUCCGCAGCCGCAGAACCCAAACUAGAAGAGCCGAUCGGGGGCGUGAACUGGACCAGCUCCCAAGGCCCGGAAGAAAGGAGUGAGUAUCUGAAAAAAGUGAAAAGCAUCUUGAACAUCGUUAAGGAAGGACAGAUAUCUCUCCUGCCACACCUCGCUGCCGACAACCUAGACAAAAUCCAUGACGAAAAUGGCAACAAUCUCUUACAUGUGGCCGCGUCGCAGGGACACGCCGAAUGUCUGCAGCACCUCACCUCUUUGAUGGGAGAAGAUUGCCUCAGUGAGCGAAACGUAGAGAAGUUGACUCCAGCGGGCCUGGCCAUCAAGAAUGGUCAGUUGGAGUGUGUCCGUUGGAUGGUGAGUGAAACCGAAGCCAUCGCAGAGCUGAGUUGUUCUAAGGAUUUCCCAAGCCUUAUUCAUUAUGCAGGUUGCUUUGGCCAGGAAAAAAUUCUUCUUUGGCUUCUUCAGUUUAUGCAAGAACAGGGCAUCUCCCUGGAUGAAGUGGACCAAGAUGGCAACAGUGCCGUCCACGUAGCCUCCCAGCAUGGCUUCCUCGGGUGCAUCCAGACAUUGGUGGAGUACGGAGCAAACGUUACCAUGCAGAACCAUGCGGGGGAAAAGCCAUCCCAGAGCGCCGAGCGCCACGGGCACACGCUCUGCUCCCGGUACCUGGUGGUGGUGGAGACCUGCAUGUCGCUGGCCUCCCAGGUGGUGAAGCUAACCAAGCAGCUGAAGGAACAGACAAUGGAACGCGUCACAUUGCAGAACCAGCUCCAGCAACUUCUGGAAGCUCAGAAAUCAGAGUCACUCCUUUCUUCACCCAGUUCACCAUCCUCCCCAGCUUCCAGAAGGUCCCAGUGGAAAUCUCCAGAUGUGGACGAUGAGUCUGUAGCCAAAAGCAAACCUGGAGUCCAAGAGGGGCUUCAGGUUCUCGGAAGCCUGUCGGCAUCCAGCCGGGCCAGGGCCAAAGGAAAAGACGAAGAUUCUGACAAAAUCCUACGCCAGUUACUGGGAAAAGAUAUCUCAGAGAGCGUCUGCACCCAGGAAAAGUUGUCCUUGGAAUUCCAGGAUGCUCAGGCUUCCUCUAGAAACUCCAAGAAGAUCCCUGCGGAGAAGAGGGAACUCAAGUUAGCUCGGCUGAGGCAGCUGAUGCAGCGGUCCCUGAGUGAGUCCGACACGGAUUCCAACACCUCUGAGGACCCCAAGAGCACACCCGUGAGGAGGCCUGACAGGCCCCGGCCACCGCCCAUCGUGGGAAGUGUGGAGAGUGUGGACAGUGCAGACAGCUUCCACCUGAUGAUAAAGAAACACCCCUUGGCAUCGGGACGUAGGUUUCCUUUUGGCAUCAAGGCCUCCAAAUCUCUGGAUGGCCAUAGCCCAUCCCCCACCUCAGAGAGCAGCGAACCUGACUUGGAAUCCCAGUGUCCUGGCUCAGGGACCAAUCCCCCAAGCCAGCCCUCUGGAGACCCCGCUCAGCCCAGCCCCGACAGCACCGCCGCCCAGAAAGUGGCCAUGAGCCCCAAGAGUGCCCUCAAGUCUCCAUCUUCCAAGCGCCGGACCUCCCAGAACUUGAAACUCAGAGUUACCUUUGAGGAGCCUGUGGUACAGAUGGAGCAAACUAGCCCGGAGCUAAAUGGGGAGAAGGACAGAGAUAAAGGCAGGCCCCUCCAGAGGGCCUCCAUGAGUAGUGAAUCAGGGGACCAACUGAAAAGGCCUUUUGGAACCUUCCGGUCUAUCAUGGAGACACUCAGCGGCAACCAGAACAAUAAUAAUAACUACCAGGCAGCCAACCAGCUGAAGACGUCCACACUGCCCUUAGCCUCACUUGGAAGGAAGACAACAGACGCCAAGGGAAAUCCCAUGAGCUCUGCUAGCAAAGGAAAGAAUAAGGCGGAGAUGUACGGCAGCUGCAUCACCCUUUCUUCUAACUUGCUGACCGAAGAGCCUCUGCGUAACCAUGCACGGCAUAAUGACAUCAAUAGAAAAAUGAAGAAAUCCUACAGCAUAAAGCACAAUGCUGAGCCAGAGUCAAAAGAACUCUUCUUGUAAAUCACUUUUUUCUUAUCUUUCACUGCCGCCCUUUGGACACCAUUGGAAAUUUCUGGACUAUCCACUGUGGAAAUAGAAUCAUGAGAACCAAUGCCUCACCAGCAGAAGAACAGUAUCAGGAUGCCUUAAAUUUAUAGUAGUAGACUAUAUAAUACACAUUUUUGGGUGAUAUUUGUAUAUAUAACUUGUUUCUAAAGAGAUGACGUUUAAAAGCAUGAUUGGGCCAAUGUAUGUUUUUUAAGAUUGGAUUGGUUCAGCCUACCCACACGACAUCCACCUAAAGCCACUGGUGCCAUCUUGUCUUUCAUCAGUUGCAUGAGUGUUUGCUAAUGUUGAUUGAACUUUCCUUUCCCGGUAAAAUGGGCAGUUUGGGCUCAGCUCCUAAAUGAGACCAGGUCAGUGGUAUUGUUUUCUGUCAAGAGUGUUUUUUCUGUCAUUUCUACUUUUUGUAUAAAGGAAAUAAAACAAUGUUAACAGCAC